UGGCCAAUGUGCGGCUCCCUCCGGGCUUGGCAUCGCCCCUUGUGGAGGCAGCACGGUGCUCGAGACGCAGCGCCCCAUGCCCGGGCUGGCCAGUGCUGUCACGUGUAUUAGCCUCGCAGCCCGGCGGAGGAGGAUCAGCGCGGCACCAACAGCCUGUGUGGUGUAAGGUGAAGGUCGAGUCAGCGGACACUGGCACUGUCACGUGUGCUGCCCGGAGUGACCUGACGCUGAGCAGAACCGAAGUUGUGAUGUGUGUUUGAUCCGUGAAAUUUGUUGAGGGUGGUGGCGCUGUGAGUGGCACCACACAGAGGGCGGCAGAGUCACGGCGGCGGCAAGAGGGUGUGGCAGUGGUGCGCUGAGGGGGUCACAGGAUGUUAAUUUUGAUUAUAUGCAGCGUGGCCAGAGCGAACAGUGACUGAGUGUUGACAGACGAUGGUGCAGCGGGCGGCCUGUUGGUGGAGGCGAGAGGCUGCUGCUGGUGCUGCUGCUCAAUCAUGCGACUGAUGGUCCACAAGGCAGAAAGUGACGGUACCGUGCUUGCAACAUCGGAAUGAGGGUCACGUUCAAGUCGCUGGUGUUUUUGGCGGCGACAGCAAGCUUCUGUAUGGUGAUCUUCAACGUGUCUUCCACUCCCCGCCCCACGCAGCGACUCCACUCCCGCAUCGCCCACAUCACCGCCCAAGACCUGGCGGCUAUCAGACAUUCCCCAGACGCUGCGGGCGUCCUCCCCCAGCCUAUAGACAUCCCAGGCGUCCUGAGCACAUCACCUCGCAUCCUUCUCAAUGUAUCAGGAGUUGUGGCCGCUCCCUGUGGGCACGACUGCCAGCCACCAAGAAACAAGUCAGUAGAAACACCAACUCUCCUCAGUGAUGCCAGAGUUCCUCAGCACCAACAGCAGCAGCAAAACACCAACACGGAGCAGCUAUGCGAUCGUGCGUGCAGACUGAAUAAGCUAGGCAAGAAAGGCCUCAUCAGGCACAGCAUGUACAUCUCUAGGGUGCAGGUGGAGAAUGUAACACUGCCAGGGUCAUGGACUGUGACAAGUGAGUUGGUGGACCGCCUUUCACAGCGACAGAGACAUGUGCAGGAGACCUGCAGAAAGUAUGGGCUGGACAAAGCCAACAAGACAUACCAGCCCAAUGCCUGGGAAUUCCUUAUCAAUGAGGAGCACAAUUUGGCAUGGUGCAAUGUAUUCAAAGCAGCAUCAUCCACAUGGUUCUACAACUUCAACCUCCUUGCGGGCUUCUCAGAAUUUGAGCUCCUCCACACCAAGGAGUCACCUGUCACUCUGGCUCGGAAACGUUACAAAAGACCCAGUGUAGAGGAACUGAAGAAGGUUUUGAAUAGUACUCAUCCCCCACUCUCCUUCAUGAUAGUACGGCAUCCCUUUGAGCGCCUCGUCUCAGGAUACAGAGACAAGAUUUUAUCAGGAAACAGGUACUACAGUAAGCUUUCAAGGACAGUGGCCAAGACCUACCAAGGCCUUGCAUCAAGUGUGAAGGACAGAGAGUGGAAAUGGCCUAAGGCUGGCAGACCCUCUGGGGCGAAGGUGAUAGCCACAUUCCCUCAGUUUGUACAGUUCCUCCUGGAUGAGACAUCGAAAGGCAACAAGUUAGAUGAGCACUGGAUUCCGAUGAGCACCUUCUGCACCCCGUGCUUGGUGCCAUUUGAUGUGUUUGCCAAGGUUGAAACACUCCAGGAAGAUGGAAACUACAUCAUAUUUUCAUCUGGCAUCAAGGAUAUCAUCAAGCCUAAGAUGAUCAACCGUGCUCGUGAUGGCCCCACUAAAGAAGUGGCAAGCAGGUUCUUGUGUCAGCUGACCAAAGAACAGAUGGAGGGACUUAUACAAAUGUACAAGAUGGACUUGGAGUUGUUCCAGUAUGAUGUAUCAAAAUAUCAGGAAUGUGUAAGGGAGUCUGACAAGACUAACCUCACUUCAUUGGGUGCCUAGUGUCCCCACACAACUCUCAACGUGCUGUGAUCUCCUCAGCCUUAGGCAACAAUGGUGGCAAUGUGGCAAGACAGCUUCCAUGUAGCCCAACAGUGAUGGACUUAAAGAAUUGAAACUUUAUUUCUUGCUACCCCUUAAUUCAGCCAGAUCUUGUGUCUGAUAGACACAAAUGUGCCACAUUGUGUCUUGGCAAGUGCCUCUCCACAUUUUUUUUUUUUUUUUUUUUUUUUUUUUUUUGUGUGUGUGUGUGUGGGUGUGUGUGUGUGUGUGUGUGUGUGUGUGUGUGUGUGUGUAGGCAAGUCAUUGAUGUACCCUUCUUUGUCAUUAGAUAUAUAGACACAGACAAGUCAGCUGCAUCAACUAGUAUACUACAUGCCCCACACACACACACACACACACACACACACUUUGGAAAACUUCCUUGAUGAAAACACAAAUAUUGUAUGGUUAACAUUUAACCAGUGGAAGGGAAAUAUAAUGAUUUGUUGACAUUCUUAAAACAGGGUAAAUUUGUGUCUUACCCAUAUUUAUAAAAUAAAUAGCUAUGUAUUUUCUUAUUAGAGUAGUGUAAUCAUCUCACCAGAGGUGUCCAUUUCUACUGUCAUAUGAAUGGCAAUUCAUCAAAAUGCUUGGGAACCAUUUAUAUUAAAUCUUAAUACUUCUAUAUUUCUCGUGGGGGGAAUUUUUAUCUUUAGAAUGGCAGAUGUGAUGAUGAGAUGCUCAUUUUUUAUCUUGUCAAAUCAUGCAGUACUUUACUCAGUGCUUACCAUCCACAUAAAAACACAUCCAGAAUCACCUAAGAAUCAGCUACUUAGUUAUAUAAUGAAUAAGGUGGUAAAUUACUGUCUAAAGUAUUUUUUAUCUAUUUAUCUAUCUAUAUCUCAGAUGCCUUAGUUCCACUGAGAGCAUUUCUUAAGAGGAUGGCCAUGGCAGAAGAACCUCCACCACUCCCUAUCCAAGCACUUAAAUAAGCAAAACAAGGAAUCUUUGGAUAGUGAAUAUUUAUUACACAUUUGCAAAUUCUCAGUGUGCAAUAGUCAAAAGUGCAGUCUUCACAGGCAAAAAAUUCAAUGAAAUGUAAACUAAUCGGUCAAGAUCAGCAUAGUAUUAUAGAACAGGAAUGCAACAACAUUUUCCUUGGUAGAAAGUAAGAGUCAAAAACUAACCUUUGGAGAGGAAAGUAGGAACAAAGUCAGGGAGCAACAUAUGGCUCUAUAUUUUCCUUUGUCCCAUUUACUUCCAAAUAAGGUAUUUUUAUGCAGAAGUAUUAUAAUCAGCUCAAAAUGAGACUGAGUCAUAAAAGUUACAUAUUCAACC